CAGCAGCCCCCACCGUUCCAGCAGAGGGCUGGGGGUCAGGCCCGAGUCUACACCAUCACCCAUGAUGAGGCUGCUCGCAAUGCAGGUACCAUGUCCGGAAUGCUUUCGAUAUCCUAUGUGCCUGUUUUUGCCUUAUGUGAUACCGGUGCUACCCAUUCGUUUAUCUCAUCUCAUUGUUUGGAGUCAUUAUCUAUUAGCACCGUGCAUACUUGUGAUCCUCUCAAGGUUAGUUUAGCCUCGGGAAAAAUUAUUAUCUCUGAUUCAGUGGUUCGCAAUCUUCCUAUCUGUAUUGGUGGUCGAGUUCUGGAGGCCGACGUCUAUGUAAUUGAUAUGCGAGACUUUGACGUGAUCUUGGGCAUGGACUGGCUCACCCGUUACCGAGCCGAUAUUCGGUGCCAGGAGCGCGAAGUCACCCUCUACCCCCUUUCCAAUGGUAGUUGUCAAGGCUAUCUUGUUUCCAUGGUAUCCGACGAUGUUGAUGAGCGGGUGCCCGAGAGAGUAUCUAUUGUUUGCGAGUACCUCGACGUUUUUCCUGAUGACUUACCCGGAGGACCGCCCGAUCGCCAGGUGGAGUUCACCAUUGACCUAAUUCCAGGAGCUGGCCCCGUUUCUAAGGCCCCUUAUCGUAUGGCACCGAAGGAGCUUCAAGAGCUCAAGGCCCAGAUCCAGGAGUUGCUUAAGCUCGGUUUCAUUCGUCCGAAUGUCUCGCCGUGGGGUGCGCCCGUCCUAUUCGUCAAGAAGAAAGACGGAUCUAUGCGCAUGUGCAUUGACUACCGGGAGUUGAAUGCCCUUACAGUCAAGAACAAGUAUCCCCUUCCCCGUAUUGAGGACCUUUUCGAUCAGCUGAGAGGAGCCAGCGUCUUCUCAAAGAUUGACUUGCAUUCUGGCUAUCAUCAACUGAAGAUCCGAGAGUCGGAUAUUUCUAAGACUGCUUUCCGUAACCGCUAUGGCCACUAUGUGUUCGUAGUCAUGCCUUUCGGACUCAGCAAUGCCCCGGCCAUUUUCAUGGACCUUAUGAAUAGGGUCUUUCAUCCCUUCCUGGACCAGUUCGUUAUUGUGUUCAUCGACGACAUCCUGGUCUAUUCCCGAGAUAUCGAUCAGCACAAGGAGUAUUUGAGGAUUGUGCUGGAGACUCUUCGCCGCGAGAAGUUGUAUGCUAAGUUCUCCAAGUGCGAAUUCUGGCUGAACCGCGUGGCAUUCCUUGGCCACAUUGUGAUAGCGAGAGGCAUUGAAGUGGAUCCCAGCAAGAUUGAGGCGGUGAGUAAGUGGGAUACGCCGAGAAGCGCAACAGAUUUUCGUAGUUUCUUGGGGUUAGCAGGAUACUACAGGAGAUUUAUCGAGGGCUUCUCGAAGAUAGCCCAGCCGCUGACCAACCUUACGAAGAAGGCUGUGAGGUUCGAUUGGAGUUCUCAGUGCGAGGAGAGUUUCCAGGAGUUGAAGAGGAGACUCACUACCGCGUCUGUCCUAUCUAUACCCGACCCUACUUUGGAGUUCACCAUCUAUAGUGAUGCUUCCAAGAUGGGUUUGGGAUGUGUCCUUAUGCAGCAGAGGAAAGUCGUGGCCUAUGCUUCGAGGCAGCUGAAGCCUCACGAGCAGAACUACCCCACUCAUGAUCUCGAGUUAGCUGCAGUUGUCCACGCCUUGAAGAUUUGGCGGCACUAUCUCUAUGGAGGCAAGUGUGAGAUCUUUACCGACCACAAGAGCCUGAAGUACAUAUUCACUCAGAAGGAGCUGAACAUGAGGCAGCGUAGAUGGUUGGAGCUGGUCAAGGACUACGACUGCACCAUUAGCUAUCACCCUGGGAAAGCUAAUGCGGUAGCCGAUGCCCUUAGUCGGAGGAGUUAUGGCCAGCUGUCUUGCUUGUUCACCAGGCAGGAUGUUCUUCUUCGGGAGUUCGAGCGAUUACAACUGGAGGCAGUGGAGUCGACUUCGACAGCCGGGGGCGUAUUGGCCUCUUUGGUUGUGGGACCGACUCUUCGAGAGAGGAUAGUCGCCGAGCAACCGAAUGACCGAUUCUUAUGCCGUAUGAGGGAGUUGUCAGCAGCUGGUAGAGUUGGUGGUUUCGCAGUCGCAUCCGAUGGAGCCUUUGUCUUUGAGGGUAGACUUUGUGUUCCUAGGGUGUGGGAACUGCGAAGAGAGAUUUUGAGGGAGGCCCAUAGUGGCCCGUACACCAUCCAUCCUGGUAGCACGAAGAUGUAUCAGGAUCUGAGGAAGUCUUUCUGGUGGCGAGGCAUGAAGAGGCAGGUAGCGAAGUUCGUGGAUGGGUGCCUGGUUUGUCAGCAAGUGAAGGCUGAGCGCCAGAAACCGAGAGGGUUAUUGCAGCCCCUCGAGGUUCCCAUGUGGAAGUGGGAGUGCAUCACCAUGGAUUUCCUAGUAGAAUUGCCGAGAUCGAGGAGCGGGUAUGAUUCGAUUUGGGUGAUAGUGGAUCGCCUUACGAAGUCUGCCCAUUUUCUGCCAGUCCGGACGACCAUGAAGGCGAGUGAUUACGCCGAAUUGUUCGUCAAGGACAUUGUUAAGCUUCAUGGAGUGCCCGUGGAGAUUGUUUCGGAUCGAGAUGCCAAGUUCACAUCCCAGUUCUGGAGGACGUUGCACCGAGCCAUGGGGACGAGGUUGGAGUUCAGUUCAGUCUUUCACCCCCAGACAGAUGGUCAGUCGGAGCGUGUGAUCCAGUACUUGAAGGAUAUUUUGCGGGUUGUGGUCUUGGACCGAAGCCUGAAUUGGGAGUAUGCCCUUCCUCUAGUCGAGCUGACCUACAACAACAGCUAUCACUCUUCGAUCAAGAUGGUCCCGUACGAGGCUUUGUACGGACGUAAGGUCCGAACCCCUUUGUAUUGGGAUGAGGUUGGAGAGAGGAGGAUUACGGGUCCGGAUUUUGUUCAGAGUACUGCAGCGACAGUUGAGGAAAUCUGGAAGACUAUCAGGUCUGCCCAGGAGAGGCAGAAGGUCUAUGCCGACCGGGAGAGGCAGGAGCAUGUUUAUGCUGUGGGAGAUCAUGUCUUUCUGAAGGUUUCACCCAUGCU